AUGGGAAUCUGUUCAGCUAAACGAUAACACAAUCUAAAAGACAAAGAACAUACAGAAUAGAAUACUAAACAAUCUCCUCAUAAUGAAAAAACUUAAGAUAUUUAAAGACUCGUUAAUUCUGAAAGAACCAUUAAAACUAUUAAACCUAUAGCCAACUCACCAAACCAAGUAAAGUCUAAGUUUGCUGCCACUCCUUCUACUCGUUAACCUAAGCAUAUGGUUUGGGCAGAUCAAAUAGUUCAAAAUACAGGUUAUCGUGGAACACUAAAAACUUGGAUUACAAUAAAAAAUGUUCAAUUCUCUAAAUACUAUACCAUGUUAAAAAAUGAUCAAUUUCAUUGUAGAAUUAAAUUAAAUGAUUAAAUUGUUCUAGUCUAACAUAAUCUUAGUGGAAAAAUAAUGUUGGCUGAAAUGAUAAAAAAAACUUAACAAGGAAAUUAACUUAUCGAAUCCAUUGUUUAAACAUAAUUAGUAUUACAAUAUAUCAUCAUAUUUUUAGAACCAUCCUAAUUUAAUUAGAAUUUUUGAAAUAUUCUAAGAUUGUCACAAUUAUCAAAUAAUUCAUGAUUUUUGUAAUGGAUCCAUACUAUCUUCCAAUAUCCAUACUUCAAUUUACACGCAAAAAUAAGCUGCUCUAAUCUUUAAAUAAAUAAUCGAUAUUGUCAAACAUCUUCAUCAAUACAAUGAGAAUCAUGGGGGAUUAACACUGGCUUCUUUUUAAAUGUGUAAUCAAUCAAAUUCUAAUUUUAUUAAAUUAGUUGAUUUUAAACCUAUUUACUUAAAAUCCUAUAUAUCAGAAAAAGAAAUUUAUCAUUAUAUGUCACCUGAAGCAAUUAAAUUUCCAGAACUUUACACACCUGAAAGGGAUGUUUGGAGUAUUGGAAUUAUACUAUUUUAAAUGCUAACUGGAGAGUAUCCAUUUAAAGGAAAAAACAAAGAAGAAGUUUUUGAAAAUAUUAGGAAUUAUUCUCUCCUAGAAGAUUUGAAUCAUAAUUCUUUACCAUCUGAAUGUAUAGAUCUUAUUAAAAAAUUCCUUAAACUUGAUCCUAACAAAAGAAUUAAAUUAAAUUAAGCUUUGAAUGAUCAUUGGCUUAAACAUAAUAUUGAAACAUAAUAUGAAGAAUAAAAAUUAAUUGUCAAAUAAUUAGAUGAUAAUCAUGCUUUAAAUUUUCUAUAAUGUUGUUUAUUAUAAUUUAUGAUUUCCACUUUUUAGGCUGAUCAAGAAUAAUUUUUUUAUCAACUUUUUGGCCAAUUUGAUAUUAACCAUGAUGGGAAGAUAAGCAAAUAAGAUCUUACUAUUGCUUACAUUAAACAUUUCAACAAUCUUCAAGAAGUGAAAGAACAUGUAGAUGCUGUAUUUUAAAGAAUUGAUCUUAAUAAAAAUGGUGAAAUUGAUUUCUAAGAGUUCUUGAUUGGAGCAAUUCAUAAAGAAACUAUAAUAACAGAAUAAAAUCUUUAAGAAGCUUUCAAAAUUCUCUCAGAUAGAGAAGGUUAUAUUACCUUAACGAAAAUGUCCUCCUUAUACCAUAAUAAGAGAUAACUAUUGAAAUAAUAAUUUUCUGUCUAUGAAAAUAAUUAGGUAAUAAUUAUGAUCACAUAUUUUUAGAUGAAUUUUAAGGAAUUUUAACAGUUAAUGUUUAAUGCACUCUGAAUUUUAUCUGUAC